GUAGUUCCGGUUAGUAGAUCUCCAAACACUGCGUUAUUGUCGGUGGUCAUCUUGUCAUGCAUCACUGUGUUAUUGUACAUGUAUGAGGCUUAGUCGGUGACCGUUUCCCUUCGGAAGAGCCAAGCCCCGCGGGGGAUAGGCAUGUGGAUCAGGGCUUAGAGAAGAACCAGCUCCGUCCUCCGCAGCGGAUCGGGACACACGGGUCACACAGAGCCCAGACCCGGAGGUCCCACGUCCAGAUCAUCAUGGCGACUCCGGUCAGCAUCCCCAGUAAGACGUGGGAGCUGAGCCUCUAUGAGCUACACCGGAGCCCCCAGGAGGCCAUCCUGGACAGCACCCUGGUGGCGGUCUCUCCGCGCUCACUGCACAGCGAGCUCAUGUGCCCCAUCUGCCUGGACAUGCUGAAGAACACCAUGACCACCAAGGAGUGCCUGCACCGCUUCUGCUCCGAGUGCAUCGUGACGGCCCUGCGCUCCGGGAACAAGGAGUGUCCGACCUGCCGGAAGAAGCUAGUCUCCAGGCGCUCCCUGCGCCGCGACGCUAACUUCGACGCCCUGAUCUCCAAGAUCUACCCCAGCCGGCGGGAGUACGACGCCCACCAGGAGCGCGUCCUGGAGCGCCUCAGUCGGCUCCACAACAAGGAGGCGCUGAGCUCCAGCAUCGAGAAGGGGCUCCAGGAGCAGGCCCGCUCCAGGGGUCAGAGGGUGAAGAAGCCGACUCAGGAGAGUGACAACACCACCUUCAGCGGGGGCGAGGAGAAUGGCGACGCCCACUCCCACCUGUCCCAUGACUCCGCCCACCUGCCUCAGGACCCCUCCCCCCUUGCGCAAGAGCCCGCCCCUUUUCUUGGCCCUCCACCCCAGGACUCUGCCCCCUUGGAGGCGGGGCCGAGCAGCAAGCGGCCACGCCUCUCUGACGGGGGCUCCUCCCCCCCGGUGGUGGAGGCGGGGAGCCUGCCGCGGCGCCUCAGAGAAGGCUCCGCCUCCGAGAUCGAGCUGGUUUUCAGGCCACACCCCCAGCUGGUCUCCUGCCAGGAGUACAGCCAGACCAGGUACGUUAAGACCACGGCCAACGCCACGGUGGACCACCUGUCUAAGUACCUGGCGCUGCGCAUCGCCCUGGAGGAGAGGAGGAGCCGACAGGUGGAGGAGGAGGAGGCGGCGCAGGAGGAAGGGAGAGGAGGAGGAGGAGGAGGAGGAGGCGGCUCCAUCCUGACCGACGUCAGCGAGAAGCAGUACACCAUCUACACCCCCACAGGGGGCCAGUUCUCCACUCUGAAUGGCUCUCUGACGCUGGAGUUGGUCAACGAGAAGUACUGGAAGAUCCGAAAACCUCUGGAGCUCUACUACGCCAUCAGCAAGGACCAGCCUAGCCCCUCCCACAACCCCCACACACCUGACCCUAGCCCCUCCCACUAAUAAUACACCUGACCCUGGCCCCUCCCACAACCCCCACACACCUGGCCCUAGUCCCUCCCACUAAUAACACACCUGACCCUAGUCCCUCCCACUAAUAACACACCUGACCCUAGCCCCUCCCAUAACAACACCUGACCCUAGCCCCUCCCACAACCCUUGCACACCUGACCCAAGCAACACAUCUGACUUUAGCCCCUCCCAUAAUCCCUGCCCACAGCCCCUCCCCUAACAUCUGUCCGUAAACCCUUCCCCUUACCAACACCUGACCCUAGCCCCUCCCAUAACCCAACACCUGAUCCUAGCCCCUCCCACAACCCUCACUUGACCCUAGCCCCUCCCAUAAUAACACACCUGACCCUAUCCCAAACCUGACCCUGGCCCCUCCCACCGCCCCUCCAUCUCUCUGAUGCACUUUACGACGGCCCCCGGCCUACCGUCUGACCUUCUGUGUUGACAACCGCUGCUCAUACUUCAGCUCUGUUACCGGCCCUCGUUGUAACCCGGGUGGAACCUGCACAAUAAAAUCAUCCAUCACCUGGCUGCUA